CGGAACCUGUUUCCUAUUUCUUGGACGUUUGCUGCGCUAUAGAAGCGGCGUGGUCACCUUAGGCAAGUGUUGCAGGGAAAGAGAGAGAGAGUGAGUGAGUGAGUGGUGAGCCGGCAAGAUGUCGAAGCUCAUCGACUUCGCAGAAGUGCAGAAGCACAAGUCGAAGUCGUCCUGUUGGGUCAUCCUUUACGGCAACGUAUGGGAUGUGACGGACUUUUUGUCUUCCCAUCCAGGAGGCGCGAACAUCAUCCUCAAGCUCGCCGGUCAAGAUGCGACUGAAGAAUACGACCCCAUCCAUCCUCCGGGCACCCUCGAAGAGAAUCUACCCGAGUCCGCGAAGAUCGGGACCAUCGAUCCCAAGACGCUUCCUGAGCCAGUGAAGGCAGCCACAGAUAUAGGGCCAGAACCGAGUCCCGAGAUUGCACUUCCGCUGGCUUCGCUGUUGAAUCUGGAUGAGGUUGAGGCUGCGGCGAAGAAGAAGAUGUCCAAGAAGGGAUGGGCAUAUUAUCACUCUGCUGCAGACGAUCUGGCAAGCAAAUAUUUCAACAAUACUGUAUACCGGCAGAUCCUGCUGCGGCCACGCGUAUUUGUGGACUGCGAGAAUUGCGACCUGAGCACCAGUUUUCUGGGUCACAAAAUGGAAAUACCCAUUUUCGUGUCGCCGGCGGCCAUGGCGAGGUUGGCACAUCCAGAUGGAGAAUGGGGAAUCGCGCAGGCGUGCAAGAAAUUCGGGACCAUCCAGAUGAUCUCGAAUAACGCAAGUCAGACGCCGGAGCAGAUUGUCAGGGACGCUGGUCCGGGUCAGGUAUUCGGGUGGCAGCUCUACGUCCAGAGGGACCGGAAGAAGUCCGAAGACAUGCUGGCAAGAAUCAACAAGCUGGAUGCUAUUAAAUUUGUUUGCUUAACCCUCGACGCUCCGGUGCCAGGGAAAAGAGAGGAGGACGAACGGGGAAAGUUUAUCGUCGAAGAUCAGAGGGCGGCCAUUAAAGAUGCAGGCGGCACGGAAUUAAAAGGCGGCGGUGGGAUCGGACAGUCAUUGUUCUUCGGUACUGAUCCCACAUUGACCUGGACGAAGACCCUGCCCUGGUUGAAGAAGCAUACGAAUAAGCCGAUCAUUCUCAAGGGUCUACAGUGUCAUGAAGACGCCUACUAUGCUGCCCAACAUGCAGAUCAGAUCAAGGGGAUCAUCUUAUCCAACCACGGGGGCCGGGCGGCCGACACCGCACCACCUGCAAUCCACACGUUACUCGAGAUUCGAAAAUACUGCCCCGAAGUGCUGACCAAACUGGACGUUGUGGUGGACGGAGGUAUCAAAAGAGGUACCGAUGUGGUCAAAGCAUUGGCUCUAGGAGCAAAGGCCGUCGGCAUCGGUCGUGGUGCUCUGUAUGGUCUGGCAGCUGGUGGCAUCGAAGGUGUUGAAAGGGUACUUGAGAUCUUGCGCGAUGAGACGGCUACAGCGGGUCGUCUGCUGGGCGUGGAGAAACUGUCGGACCUUGGUCCCCUACACAUCAACACCAGAGCAGUUGAGAGAGAUAUAUAUGAUGGUCCUGCCAAUCUGCCGGGCAUCCAGGGAGCCAUGAAGGGUCUGUGGGUGAAGUCGAAGUUGUGAACGGCAACGUUUCCAGCUUCCUUUGGGUCUUGUUGGGCAUAUGCAUGGCGUUCCCUUGUUGGUAUCUGGCGAGGAUGUGUCUCGGGUAGACUUGCGUAGACUUGGGCAGAUGCAAGUCAGCAAUUCGGGAUCGAUAUGGGCGGCCACGCUAUGGCCUCGAAGGUUUAAAAUGCUUCCAGUCCAACGCCUGUUCCGAACCAGGCUCUCAAUUCAUCUGUUUCCGUUCUUGGUACGGGUGUUCCGUUGGCGCCGAAAUAAUGAGAAAGUCGCAUGUUAUCGUCGUCACCAUCCUCUGGCCAAUCUGUCCUCUUCGCAGGUCCGCCUUUCUGUUCAAACAUGUCCUUUACCGUCCCCCAACUGAACCUGCAUUCAUUCCCGAAUCCCCAGACGGGAUCUAUGGCCGAUUUCAUCCAACUUACACACCUCGCGUCUGAGGGAUAACCCGAACCCCAAUUGACCGCAGCCUCGUCGGAAGUAUCAACUGUCCGGACGUAAGCCUCAAGAAGAGUCUCACAGCUGACAUCCCUGGUCACUUUGGCAACAACACUGGCUGCGCUAACACAAGGAAACAGGCUAUCGGCUUUCUUCUCGACCGUGAUCUUGAUUGUUGGGAAGAUCAGCUGCAGCUUCUUCUGAUAAAUCGAUGGCUUGCCAAUGGUAUCGACGUAGAUCUCUCUGACAUUUACGCCCCGGUCGAUCACUCCUCUGAUCAAGUCGACUGUCGCGUCCAUGGCCUGUGCAUUGAGGUUGUAAGAGCCGCCAUUUUUCAUCAUGCCAGCACCAAUGUCUUGGGCACUGAGGGAUUUGAUGGCCCAG